AUGGACCCAUCUCCUCUGCUCCACGUGGACUUCCCGGAGCUGCCGGGCGCGCUGUUGGCCAAGCUGAACCAACAACGCCUGGCGGGGCAGCUCUGCGACCUCUCCAUCCACGUGCGGGGCCGCGUCUUCCGCGCCCACCGCGCCGUCCUGGCCGCUUCGUCGCCCUACUUCCACGACCAGGUCCUGCUCAAGAACGUCAGCUCCGUGGUGCUGCCCCCCGUCAUGGACCCCGGCGCCUUCGAGACCGUCUUGGGGUCGGCCUACACCGGGCGCCUCUCCAUGGCCCCCGACGCCGUCGUCAACUUCCUGACGGUGGGCAGCGUGCUCCAGAUGUGGCACAUCGUGGACAAGUGCACGGAGCUGCUCAAGGAAGGGCGAGCGGUCCCCGGGCCUCCUCCUCCUUCGUCCUCCUCCUCCUCAUCCUCAUCCUCGGCGUCCUCGUCCCGCGCCCACUCCAGCGCCGCGCAGUCGCCGAGCAGCACCAACUACUUCAGCCCCCACCAUGGGGCUGAGCCCCACAAGUGCCCCUCUUCCAGCCAAGGGGGUGGCGAUGGGGCGGGCGACGGAAGCCACCCCCGACCCCUUUACGCCCAGCCCAGCAUCGUGCCCCACAAGCAGUGGGUCUACGUCAAGCAGGAGUGGCUGCAGGAGGACCUGGUGUUGACGUGCGAAGAGGACGAAGACCCCGUCGAAGGGCCCGAUGCUGGCCACGGCGCUGAAGGGGGCGGCCCCCAGCUGAGACCCCCGAGUGCUGGCCAUGGGGCUGAAGGGGUCGGCACCCAACUGAGGUCCCCCAGUGGGGCUGAAAGCAGGGCUGGGGGGCCCAAGGUGAAGGCCCCCGAUGCUGGCCACGGUGCUGAAGGGCUCAGCACCCAACUGAGGUCCCCCGGCGCUGUCCACGGUGCUGAAGCCAUCGGCACCCAACCCAGGAGCCGCGAUGCUGUCCAUGGUGCUGAUGGGCUCAGCACCCAACUGAGGUCCCCCAGUGCUGUCCAUGGUGCUGAUGGGCUCAGCACCCAACUGAGGUCCCCGAGUGCUCUCCACGGUGCUGAUGGGCUCAGCACCCAACUGAGGUCCCCGAGUGCUGUCCAGGGUGCUGAUGGGCUCAGCACCCAACUGAGGUCCCCUGAGGCUCACGGGGCCGGCACCCAACUGAGGUCCCCCAAUGCUCUCCACGGUGCCGAAGGCCUCAGCACCCAACUGAGGUCCCCAAGCGCUCUCCACGGUACCGAAGGCCUCAGCACCCAACUGCGCUCCCCGGACGCCGACGGGGCCGCCCCACACUUGGAGGACCAAGUCCACCUGUGCGAGUCCUCCGCCGACUUCCCGCACGCCUACGAUGCCCUGGAGGACUCCUCCUCCUCCUCCUCCUCCUUCCUCCCGUCGCGUUCCUUGCUCCCUAUGGACAUGCAAGGCAACCCCCUCUUGCUCUUCCCAGCCCCGUCGAGCGCGGAACACGGCGCCGUCCAGACCGCCUCCGUCGCCGGCGACGGCAACAAGAUCUUCUUGUGCCACUGCGGCAAGGCCUUCUCGCACCGCAGCAUGCGGGACCGGCACGUGAACAUGCACCUCAACCUGCGGCCCUUCGCCUGCCCGGUGUGCGCCAAGCGCUUCAAGAUGAAGCACCACCUCACCGAGCACAUGAAGACCCACACGGGCCUCAAGCCCUACCAGUGCCACGUGUGCGCCAAGCGCUUCAUGUGGCGCGACAGCUUCGUGCGGCACCGCGGCCACUGCGAGCGCCGGCAAGGACGGGGGGGGGGGGGG